UUAAAAAGAAUUAAUGAACAUGUAGUUAUAAAUAGCUAUUUAAACAGACGUUUUUAUUUAUAAGUUUAAAAGAGCUAAUUUAGAUACUGCUUGCAACAUCGAUACUAAUAAAAUAAUAAUAAUAUAACAAUGUCACUCUAUUUUGAUACGCGUGUACAAAAUCCAGAAACAGCUUCAAUAAGCACUCAUGCAAUUUGGCAUAUCAAUUAUCCAUUAUUGGCUGUCGCAGCAUAUUCUCAGGAUAAAGGUGGCUUCGUGACAAUUUAUGACGAUCAAGGAGAGCCUACUCAAGAUGUAGAGUCACCUAAACAUUCAGUUGCUCAGGUGACUGCUCUUGGAUGGCAUCCAGAGAAGCGAUGGCUUACAGCAGGAUGGGAAAAUGGGAAAUUAUGGGUAUGGCCAGGUGAUACUGGUAGUACAGAAUUUAACUUGGUAGUCACACCACAUCGUGAUCCUAUUACAAUUCUGCAAUGGAGUCAACAUGGAGGAAGAUUAAUAUCUGCGGAUUCAGCUGGAUCUAUAGUUGGUUGGAAGAUUGAUUCAAGAGGGCAAUUAUUAAUGAUGUUUCAUCAUGAGCUAAAAGAUUCUUUUGCACAAAUAGUAUUCAAAACUGUUCCGCCAAAAUCAAUGAUGGACAUAAGUGGCCUAGCAAAGGCUGCAGUAGCAGGAGAUGAAAGGGCAUUAGAUAUAUUUAGCUCUUGGCGUCCUAGAACAGCUGUACCAACAACAGUCGUAACGCAGAGAGAUAACCAUGCCUUUUACAUUGGAACCACUAGUGGUGUAAUAUACUUUGUUGAUAACCAAGGACAGUGUACAGAAGUUCUGAACACAAAUGGUGCAACGUUGCAGUUCCUGUUGCACCAUCAAACUAGAGAUUCUCUAGUUGUUAUGACAGAGGGUUUAAAUAUAGGGCAUUUUCAGACAGAUCCUAUUACUGGUCGGCUGACCGAAUUAACAAAAGUGAAACUUAGCAGUAGAUACGAUAUAUUGCGAACUGGUCCAGCGAUGUGUUGGAUUGGAACAAAUACUUUAGCGAUUCUUACAGGGGAAUUGGGUGUUCGUUGUUGGGAUCUUCACACUGGCGACAGUUACGUGUUAUCUCCGCCAGAUUCAUCUACUGGGAAUAUGGCUACACCACAGGAAAUUUGCACAAGCAUAUCUUUUUGUAAAAAUAACGGUAUUUUGGCUGCUGGAACAAAUUUGGGAACAAUCUAUGUAUGGAAGCGUAAAAUUGAAAUGGACUGUGAUGAAAACAGUUGGCCAAAUGUGCCAGAAUCUUGCAGCAUUCAUGGCACGGUAAAGCAACUUACAUGGGGUGCGGCAUUUUUAAGAAGUCCGCUACUUGCUGUAAAUUGCAUUACCAAUGUUUUUAUAUUACAUCAACAACCAAUGUGUGCUACAUAUAAUGAUGGCGUUUGCGCUAGUCAACUGAGUCCCUGUCAAAUCUUAAUAGAAUUCAGUGAGCAGAAUUAUACUUUAAAAACUGAGAUUCAAGUGCAGCUCGUCGCCAUCAAUAAACAUUACAUCGCCGUUUCUUCUGGUAGACAAAUUGUGGUAUAUAAAAUUUACGACGAUGCAUCUUUGUACACUAGCCUAAUUUCCAGUUUUAGCUGCGACACCGAGAAAUUAUUGAUUUAUGAUCAUACUUUGGUCGUUCUAACUUCUGUAGUUAUACAAUUACGGUCAAUGGAGGGCACUGUCAUUCAGAUACUGCCUACGUUACCAGAAGAGGGUGAACCAAUUACUAUGGAUCUUACUGGACAAUAUUUAACAGUCGCAUCUUUGAACGGUAUCUUAAAAAUUUGGGAUUUAAGCAAGCGAGAGGCGAAGUUGCAUACCAGAGCAAUGCCAGCUUACGAAGCGAUAAGUGAUUUUGCUGAAAUUAUCGAAGCACAGUGCAAUGCUGAUUGUCGUUGUGUAUCUAUUACUGUUGCAAUGGCUAAUUUGAUGCCCAGUUCUAUUUUGUACGUCUGGGACAUAGAAAGCGAUCAGAUACAUGAGUUUGAUUUUGCAGAGUCUAACGAUAUAGACGAUGACGAUACUGCUUUGUCUGUAAAGUGUAGAGGCAGGCUGGUUACUGCUCAUUGUUGGGACGUGGAAGAUCCCAGAUUAUUAGUAUGUCGAGCACAAAGAUUGGAGUUACGGGAUUCUAAGCACUCCUCGAAGCAAAAUAAUGAAAACGAUUACGAUAUCUCAAGGAGCACUGUGGUUUUGAUAUCGAUGUUUGCGACAUCAGAUCACGGAAUUGUUGUGCAGGAUAUAAAACCAAUUAAAGAUGAAAAUUGCAGAAUUUUGGGCGUUCAUUCCCCACAUAUUAUUAUUUUAAGCUCCGAAAAAUCAAUAGAGAAAGCUAGUAAAGUAAUACAAUUGUUCAUGAGAGAUUUUGAGGAAUUGGGUGUAUGCGAUCCUAUCACGAAGAAAGCAGUACUAGAUUUUAGUUUUCACAUCAGCAUUGCUAACAUGGAGGAGGCCUUCAAGUCAAUUAAAUCCAUCAAAAAUGAAGGUAUUUGGAAAAGUUUGGCAAGAAUGUGCGUGAAAACGAAGCAAUUGAACAUGGCGCUUUUGUGUUUGGGCCAUAUGAAACAAGCCAGAGCAGCGAGGGCUCUCAGGGAAGCUAUGCAAGACGACAGUUUAAACUUGGAAGCCAAAGUAGGAACGUUAGCAGUCGAAUUAGGAUUAUAUAAUGAUGCUGAACGACUUUUUCGUGAAGCAAAAAGAUUAGAUUUACUGGGCAAGCUUCUUGAAGCGCGUAAUAAGUUUAAAGAAGCUAUAGAGCUGGCGAAGAAUGAGAAUAAAAUUUGUGAGAAAACAAGUUAUUACAACUAUGCGAAGGCUCUCGAGCAAGAAGGGAAAAUAGGUGAAGCAAUAGAGAUGUAUACCAAAGCAGAAUGCCACAGAUUCGAAGUGCCAAGGAUGUUACUUGUGAGGCCCAGGGAACUAUUGACGUAUCUUAAUAAUUCUGAGGAUCCAGAAAUAAAGAAUUGGCAUGCACAGUAUAUAGAAUCGACUGGAGAUAUGGAAAGAGCAUUGAAAUUGUACGAACAAGCUAAGAACACUCUAGCGAUAACGAGAUUGCUUUGUUAUUUUGGUAGAGAGGAUGAAGUUAGCGAACUGGUGUCGAGAACAAAUCAUGCUGCUUCUGCGUACCAUCUAGCUGCACACUAUGAGUCAAAAAACAAUGUAGGUCAAGCUAUUCACUUUUAUACCAUUGCUAAGGCUUACACAAAUGCAAUUCGACUGUGCAAAGAACAUGAUAUGUUUGAGGAACUAUGGCCUUUGGCUGUAUUAGCUCCAAGACAAUCCCAGAUAGACGUCGCCAAGUAUUAUGAAGAAAACGAUCAGUCGGAUAAAGCGGUUUUGUUGUAUCAUAAAGCUGGUCUACUACACAAGGCAUUGGAUAUUGCUUUCAACACAAAACAAUACAGUGCUUUACAAUUGAUCAUCAUGGAUGUCAACGCAGAUUCUGAUCCUGCUUUAAUAGAGAAAUGCGCUGACUAUUUCGUUCAAAAUGAUCAGAUUGAAAAAGCAGUGGAUCUACUUGCAACAGGCAGAAAAUACUUGGAAGCUUUGGAAUUGAUACAAAGGCAUAAUAUUCUGCUAAAUGAAGAUUUAGCUGAAAAGAUGACGUUGGAUAAAAUUGACAACGAUGUAGAUCACGAAAAAAUACGAAUCUCUAUAUUAGAAAGAAUAGGCGAAAUAGCUUUUGAGCAAGGAAAUUAUCAUUUAGCAACCAAAAAAUUCACUCAAGCUGGUAACAAACUGAGAGCUAUGAAAGCCUUGUUGAAAUCUGGCGAUACAGAAAAAAUUUGCUUCUUUGCACAAGUUUCUAGACAGAGAGAAAUUUAUAUCAUGGCUGGGAAUUAUUUACAAUCGUUGGAUUGGCAAAACCAACCAGAAAUAUUGAAGAAUAUAAUUAACUUUUAUUCCAAGGGAAAAGCAAUGGAUCUGUUGGCCAAUUUCUAUGUUGCUUGUGCACAAGUUGAAAUUGAUGAAUUUCAAAAUUAUGAGAAAGCUCUCGAUGCUCUAAAUCAAGCAAGUAGAUGUUUGGCAAAAGUGACUACUCCAAGAGAUCCUGAUAUUCAUAGAAGAGCAGUGGAUUUGGUGAAUAAUAGAAUAGCAACGGUUAAGCGUUAUCUUGAUAUCAAGAAGUUGUUUGACAGAGGUGAAACUAACGCAGCAAUGCAACAAGUGCGUCAAUUGCUUGAUUCUCAAGGAGCAGAUUUGGAACAAUCAGUUCGCCGUGGUGAUUUAUUUGCAACCAUUACUCAACAUUAUGUCAACAUAGGGGAUACUGACAAAGCACGUGCUAGUGUAGAAGAAUUGAAGCGUUUAGUACCUGGAAUUAAUCUUGCUUAUUAUUAUAAUAUGGACGUGUUAGAAACACUUGGUUACAAGAUGAAAAUACAACGACAAGAAAGUUCUGACAAAGAAGACGAUAUCGAAGAGCUUCUAGGCGAAUAGUUAAAUAUAAUAUAUGUACAAUGAAAACGGAAUCCGUCCAAAAGUGUGAUGAUAGAUGCUAAGUAUAUUUGAAAGAAUUAAUUAUUACAAAAUAUUUGUAUAUUAUAAUUUGAAAAAUAUAGUAUAGGUUUUAUCUAAAA